AAAAGAAAUCGAUUGACAAAAUAUUUGACAAUCAUGUCAAAGGCAGCGUCAAGCUCAGAGUUGAUUGUGACGUCAUUUCGUCUGCCAUUCGUCACCACCAGGAGAGAUAAUGGGACGAUUGGACGAACUGAGUCUAGGGACGAAUGGGCCAGGUCCCUGGCUCAUGUUGUGACCGAAAGUCAAGGUCAAUGGGUCGGCUGGGCUGGUUCAGUGUUGCAGAGGGGUCAACCUAUCCCUGGUCCUGAUCCUGAGGACACAUCUCCUACUGCAGCUCUCACUAGCCAGCAGGUACAACCAGUUUACCUGGGCCAAGUAGACAAAGAACAAGCAUAUGGAGGUUGCUGUAAAUCCUCCCUAUGGCCUCUACUUCACUCUAUGGCAGAUCGAGCAACAUUUGAUGAAGACGAUUGGUCGACCUAUAGAAAGGUAAACAACACGUUUGCAGAAGCCACCCUCACAGCUCUCAGAGAAUCUCUGAAAAAGGAUGCUGAUAGUACACCCUUGAUCUGGAUCCAUGAUUAUCAUCUUAUGGAGGUUCCUGAUAUUGUUCGGAGAAAGGCUAAGGAGGAGAAUCUCAGAUGUAAAAUAGGUUUCUUCAUGCAUGUUCCUUUUCCCCCUUGGGACAUGAUAAAAAUACACCCCUGGAAGGAUAUUUUUCUACAAGGUAUUCUUGGCAGUGAUUUGGUCUCAUUCCAGUGUGAAGAUUAUCUUUUAAACUUUAUUGAUUGUUGUGAACGAGGGCUAGGGACAAGAGUAGAUCGAGGUUUACGUAUUGUUGAACAUGAUGCGGGGGGCAGGAAUGUAAAGAUACGAUCUAUGCCGCUGGGAGUUCCGUUCGCAAGAUUUGAAACAAUGGCGGCAUCUGCGCCAAAGUCGUCUUUGAUUCGAGACGAUGUUGCGACAAUUCUUGGAAUUGACAGCGUGGACUUCACUAAAGGGUUAAAUCACAAGUUAAAAGCUUUUGAGAAACUUCUUGAGAAAUAUCAUAUUCACAGAGGAGCCGUGUCAUUGGUUCAGAUUUGUUUACCAACAAGAACAGAAGAAGGACAGCAACUAAGGGAAACUUUAGAGACGAUGGUUCAUAAUAUUAACAGUAAAUAUGGAACUAGUACAUGGACUCCUGUACACCUAGUGAGCCGUCCUCUCUCCGAUCUGGAUCUGGCCGGACUUUACAGAGAUGCUGAUAUAGCACUGAUUACACCACUUCGAGACGGGAUGAACUUAUCAGCAAAGGAGUUUGUCUCCUGCAGGAUACAGGGGGAUAAACCAGGAGUUCUUAUUCUCUCUCCUUUCGUAGGAGCUGCAGAUCUAAUGCAGGAGGCUCUUAUAGUGAACCCCUACGAGGUCAACAAGGUGGCGGAUUAUCUCCACAACAGCCUCACCAUGUCAGAGGCCGAGGCCGAGGUCAGGAUGAUCAGCCUUAGAGGGAGAGAGAAGAUUCAUGAUUUAAACUUCUGGAUGAGAAGUUUUCUAAGAGAGAUGGAUAACCUAGUGGAUACAGAUGGAGAACUUUCCGCUUGUCUUGACACGAUUAAAUUUGAAGAUUUUGACGAAAUGUUGAACAAAUACCUCGGAGUACCAGGUUGGGAGAAGCUAUGUUUGCUCCUGGAUUAUGAUGGAACACUGGCUCCCCAUGGUUCCCAUCCAGAUCUAACUAUUCUACCAAAACAGACCAAGGAGGUGCUUGAACGUUUAUCAGAAAUGCCUGAGGUGUUUGUUUCAAUUAUAACAGGGCGUAGUAUACCUGAUAUAAAAACAAAGGUCUCCAUCAAGAAUAUAACUUAUGCUGGAAAUCAUGGAAUAGAUAUCGUUCAUCCCGAUGGGUCAAAGUUUAUGAUCCCAAUGCCUGCUGAAGUUGAGGAGAAAGCAAGAUGGCUGCUGCAACAUCUUCAGCAAGAGUGCUGUGUUUCUGGUGCUUGGGUCGAAAAUAAAGGAGUAGUUCUUGCAUUUCAUCAUGAAGCCUGGAAAGAACGAGAUUCCAUCGAUCCUGAGUUAAAGGAGAGAACCUUAAGCCGAGCUCGUCAGCUGAUGACGGAUGCAGGGUUCAGAAUUGGUAUGAGUGAUGGAGGUCUAGUUACAGAGGCAAAACCCCCAGUACAGUGGAAUAAGGGGAAUGCAGCCAUCUACAUACUCCGCAGUGCAUUUGGUGUAAACUGGUCUGACCGACUCCGAAUCAUCUAUGCUGGAGACGACCUAACAGAUGAAGAUGCAAUGCAGGCUCUCAAGGGUAUGGCGUAUUCCUUUCGUGUGGUAAAUUCUGGUUUAGUUCAAACUGUAGCCGACCAUAGACUACCUAAUACACAGGGAAUAGAGACUAUGCUGAAGUGGGUUGAGAACUAUGUUCUGCAGAACAGAAAGAAAGCAAAAUAAAAUAAUUGGAAAAACAGGGAGAUACAGAACGCACCUCUGACCCUUCAGUAAAAGUAAAUUCAACCUAAAGUCUGACCGCGUCAACCUUGUUGCACCGGCUAGUCC